AUGGACUUAUCCGACGUGUUCACGGCGAUGGCCACGACGACGCCGAACUCUUCUUCGGAGAGCGUCAACCAGACCUCCUCGCCGAGAUCUCCUCCGCUGCCUCCUCACUCGCAGGUGGCGUCGGUGCUCAUCGUGCUGGUGGUCACGGUCAUCAUACUGGGCACCGUGGUGGGCAACGUGCUGGUCGUGGUGGCGGUCUUCACCAGCCGAGCCCUGAGGCCGCCCCAGAACCUCUUCCUGGUGUCUCUGGCUUCGGCCGACAUCCUGGUGGCGACGCUGGUCAUCCCCUUCUCGUUGGCCAACGAGGUCAUGGGCUACUGGUACUUUGGUUCCACCUGGUGCUCCUUCUACCUGGCUCUGGACGUCCUCUUCUGCACCUCCUCCAUCGUCCACCUGUGCGCCAUCAGCCUCGACCGCUACUGGUCCGUCACCAAGGCCGUCAGCUACAACCGCAAGCGGACGCCCAAGCGGAUCAAAUCCAUGAUCAGCGUCGUGUGGCUCAUCUCCAUCGUCAUCUCCUCGCCGCCGCUCCUUAUGACGCAGAUGGAGGAGGAUCCGGGGACGGAGGGCAACGCCGCCCGGCGCCAGGAGUGCCUCCUGAACAACCAGACGUGGUACAUCCUCUCCUCCUGCCUCGUGUCCUUCUUCGCCCCGGGCGUCAUCAUGAUACUCGUGUACUGCAAGAUCUACCGCGUGGCCAAGCAGCGCGCCUCCACCGUGUUCGUGGCGAAGAACGUGGUGGAGCGCCAGCCGUCGCAGUCCGAGACCUGCUUCGAGGGCGACGCCGGGACCUGCCGGAGGAAAGGAGCCGGCUUCGGUGGGGAAUCCGGGUACGAGCCGGAGAGCCCGCAGCCCACCAACCGGCACAGCUCCUCCAACGUGGACAGCAGCAGCAGCCGGAGAGGAGAGCUGGACGACAUCGACCUGGAGGAGAGGAGCUGCGAGCCCGACGUCAAAGCGAGCUCCUCGUUUUCCUCGGCGCUCCGCUUCCCCAGGAGAGCCGGCGGAGGCGCGAGAGCAGAGGAUGCGGAGGGAGGAGCCUCGAACAGGUUGAAGCUCCCGCUCCACCCUCCACCGUCCUGCGCCUCCAUAUCGUGGGCGUCGUCCGAGAACUGCUCCCACCACUUCCUGCUCCCGUCCCCGGUGCCGCUCCGCAGCCGGCGGACGACGCUGUCCAAGAACAAAGUGGCGCAAAUGCGGGAGAAGCGCUUCACGUUCGUCCUGGCGGUGGUGAUGGGGGUCUUUGUCCUCUGCUGGUUCCCGUUCUUCUUCACCUACAGCCUCCACGCCGUCUGCAGAGAGAACUGCACCAUCCCCGACUCGCUCUUCAACCUGUUCUUCUGGAUCGGGUACUGCAACAGCUGCCUGAACCCCAUCAUAUACACCAUCUUCAACCGAGACUUCAGGAAGGCCUUCAAGAAGAUUAUAUUCCAGACUCAUAAGAGGACAUAA